GGAACAUGGCAUCAGUUCACGUUGUCGGACGCUAAAUACCAUACACUCGAGCAGCACCGAAAAGUGUGUAAUUUAACGACAAAAACAAGGAUAAACCAGAAAAAAUAAUCGCAAUAACAGUUUUCAUUUUUAAUAAAUUGGUGAAUUAUCAUUUGUACCCUCACAGAUUGAAAAUGGUUCGAGGAAGAGGGGGAAUAAUGAGAGGUGGACGAGGAGGAAUGGGACGUGGCAUGGGCUUCCCCAGGAAACAAUUUCUCCCCAGGCAUCCCUUUGAUUACACCCUCUGCGAAGCUGCUUUUCCACCGGUUAAGCCGGCACCAGAUGAGUCCGACCUGACAAUGGCUUUGUUGAAAAAAAAUUCGGACAUGUGCCCAACACCUAAGGAACAAACAUCUAUUCUUGAUCUUGUUGUCAAGUUGCAAAGUGUUCUGGAUAAUUUAAUUGUCGCCCCUGGUACUUUCGAGGCUUGUCAAUUGGAGGAGCUACGAAAAGUUGGAAGCUUCAAGAAAGGAACAAUGAUAAAAGGCCACAACGUUGCAGACAUAGUGGUAAUUCUAAAAACCCUCCCCACGAAAACAGCUGUCGAAGCACUGGGCAAUAAAGUACAUACUGACUUGAAAGCGGUGAAUCCAAAGGACGUGUUCAGGCUAGUACAGACUGAGCGUGGUUUCGAUAUCGCUAAUAACGAAGCCACUGUGAGGAUUCUCAUAACGACUCUUCAUCAGAAUCUCCGGAAAUUAGAGUCCGAACAGCACAUUGAUGUCAAGAUUUGUCAGGGCCAUUUAGCAGCUAUUAGACACUCUGGUUGGUUCGAAGAAAACGCACAUCAUACGAGUAUUAAAAUCUUGAUCAGACUCCUGCGGGACCUAAGAACUAGAUUCGAGGGAUUUGAGCCACUCUCACCAUGGAUGCUGGAUCUAUUGGCACACAAUGCUAUUAUGAAUAAUCCUGGUCGACAAGCCCUGCCUAUCAAUCAGGCCUACAGACGUGUGCUUCAACUUUUAUCUUCGGGUUUAUUCCUCCCAGGAUCUGCAGGUAUUUCCGAUCCUUGUGAGGGUGGAAAUAUUCGUGUGCACACUGCAAUGACCCUAGAACAACAAGACCUAGUCUGCCUCACUGCCCAAACUCUCCUCAGAGUCCUCGCUCAUGGGGGCUACAAACCUCUCCUAGAAGGCACCAACAAACUCGCGGUUGAGAUGAGUGUAUGGCCGGGUGGUGUUGUCGCCAGUCCCCUGGACAAAGCUUACGAGCCACCAACCGAUCAAGAACAAUCAGAGGACAUGGAGGAGAGCAAUGAAGAGAUGAUCACUGAGUCAUCGUAAUUUUAAAUGUGUCAAGUUUUUUCCUAAUCGAUGAAUUUCUACUCCUUAUUCGUAUUUCUAUUUGUAUCACCUUCAAAAUGAUCGACAUGACGAAUAUUUUAAUCGCCACAAAUUUCAAAAAUAAAGUCAACUGUGUAAUUGAGAUA